AUGCCAUCAUCUUCAGAUACUGGAGUAUCAGACACGUUGGAUCCUAUAGCGAUUGUAUCGGACGACGAGAUUCUGUCGGAGAGUGAGGUUUAUACGUCGGAUACCACGAGCAUGGAUGAUGACGACUUCCAGCCGUUUGCCUUGCCAGACGAUGCGCUUUUAGCUGAUGGUCCUGUCGAUGGGGACCUACCUCUUAUUCAGGUCCCUGCUCCUUUACCACUCGCUGCUGUUCCGGUCGAGGAUCUGCCACAUGACGAGGUCACUGAUGAUGACAUCGACUUAUUCAUUGAGGGUCCCCUGGAGGGUGACCAGGAUGGUGUGGCCCUUAUGGAUGACGAUGUCCCUCCUACUGAUGUUCCUAUUGAUGAUCAUGUUGUUCCCCUGGUUGAGAUUCCUGCUGUUGUGCCCAUUGCUGAUCCUGUUGUUCCUGUCAAGGCUCCCAUGGAGGAGGCUCCUUUUGAUCCGUUUGGUCCUUACUCAUUCGAGUCUGUAGCGUCCACUUCACUUCACGCCCUGGGUGUGCAGCACUAUUCCUCUGACUCCGACUCGGACAUGGCGAUGUAUGUUGCGCCCCUCGUUCCCCACGACAUUGACCCAGAGCCUGAGGUCGAGUUUGUACCAGUUGAGCCCGCUCCAGUUGGUCCGGAGCCUGUCAUUGCACACGACCCUAUCGAUGUUCCAGUCGUUCCAACUUUUCCUGAUCCACUACCAGAGCCUGACCGCGUUGAUCCACCAGUCAUGGCACCACACGUCGUUGACGCACCAGUCAUCAUACCACCGGUUUCUGAUGUUCCAAUUGAUGAUGCACCCGCUCUUGCACCACCUGUUGUCAACAAUGCACCUUUUGCCACGCAUGUCGACCCUCGAUACGCUGACACCCUUAAUGGGUGGAUCGAGGAUGAUGAUGAUUACCCUCCAUUUGUGCUACCAGUCACUCCUCCUGUAGCACCUGUUUCCGCACCUAUUCAUGUUCCAUUUUUCCAUCCACACACGUCUGAUGUCCAUCGUACCGACCUUCCUACCACAUUCCUCCACCUUGUCCUGUGGAGGAAGAUGCCUCCUCGACAAAACGUACACCUGCCUACUACUGAGGCGGAACUCCAGGGGCUAAUUGCCGCAGCUAUAGCACAGUAUGCGGCCUCCCAAGCGGAAACAAGCAGGAAUACUUUAAACAACAACAACAACCCACCCAAUGGGUGCACCUACAAACAAUUUCUCGACUGUAAGCCCGUAAAUUUCGACGGCACUGGAGGUGCUGUUGCAUUCGUCAGGUGGGCAGAAAAGACAGAUUCUAUUCUAAGAAUGAGCAAGUGUGCUCCCGAGCAACAAGUUACAUACAUCUCAGGGCUUUUUCUUAAUGGUGCCCUCUCAUGGUGGAAUCUGCAAGUGCAAACAUUGGGAGAAGCGGCGGCGUAUGCACUAACAUGGGCUGAGCUGAAAGACCUCAUGAGGAAGAAGUAUUGUUCACGGGCGGAGAUACAAAAGCUAGAAACGGAAUUCUGGAACCUAAAGAUGGAAGGCCCAAAAAUCGCCGAAUAUGUUCAGAGGUGA